CUUACCUCCAUCAACUCCUCCUGCUAGCUGUCCCUUUCAAACUCCAAAGUCAUCUGAUCUCUAUCACACCCAGCGACGUGGCGCGUUGAUCUCAGUGGUGACCCGUGGAUCCACCACUCGUCCAAAAUGUCCCGCUCUUUGUCCGAAGCCGGCUUUCCUGACGGCGGCGUCCGGAAGAAGAUGCGCAAAGGCACGCACAGCUGUUUUGAAUGCCGUCGCCGGAAGAUCCGCUGCAUCUUCUCCACAGAGCAUGCAGGUUCGUGCACUGAAUGCUUUGCCCGCGGCUCCCGCUGCGUGGACCAAGAACACGCAGAUAAUGACACCGUUGUCGACAACCGAAAAAAUCUUCGUGAGAGAGUCGCCCGUCUUGAAUCCUUGGUCGAGUCUCUAUUGGAAGACAGAACCGAUAGGGGUGCUGCGGAGACACUGAGGAACCUGGCCGCCGAUGUCUUGCCGCCGACGCCUUGUUCGCCCGAGUGUUCGUCCAACAACAUACCGGGCCAUAAUGGAUCGGUGCCAUUCAUGACAAUGUUCGAUAAUGAAGUGAUAAGCCGAGCCGAUCCCCAGUCACAGCCCGCUACCGCAGCUUCUCAAGGCCCAGAGCAAUUUCAGAAGCACUCACCAGCCCAGUCGAGCGAGGCUAUGCAAGCGAGGUCCUAUGACCUCCACUUUAACUGUACAGACAAUCAGCUCGAUACUAACGAAGAAGUGAACAAGUUUAAGAAAUCAAAGGAAAAGCGCACUCGCGCGAUUCUUCUCGAUGCCCUCCCAUCAAAUGAAACGCUUCAGAGGUCGAUCAUCAUUGCUAGUGAAUGGUGGGGGUUCUGGCGUACCACAAUGCCCGGGACGGCCGGCAACAUGAAUCUACAGCAGUUUGCUGUGAAAGCCAUCACUGACGGCACGCCUGCCCAAGUGGCCCUCCUGCUCUUGGCCGUAGGCGUUGCUGGUGAAAUGGAAGAUCUCAGCCGCUACCUUGCUCUCGUACACGCUACCAUUGUCUCGGAUGAUGACUACAUGACCGGGAUUGAUGGCCUGGAGUGUGCGUUGUUGCAGGCAAAAUGCUAUGCCGAGAUUGGACAGCCCCGGAGAGGGUGGUUGACAGUGCGGCGGUGUUUGACGUUUGCACAACUUACGGGCCUUCAUCGCAACCAUGCCAAAAACCAGGCGUGGGACAGCAUAUGGUGGACAAUGUUCAACCACGACCGCUUCCUGUCUCUUCUGCUCGGCCUCCCCUACGGCAUCGCAGACUCGCACUGCGAUUUUUCCGUCUACCAACCCAGCUCCAACACAACAAGCCAGCCCCCCUUCCAAUUCAUGAUCAGGCUCUCACGACUCGCCGCCGCCGUCAUCGACCGUACACAAGGCAACAUCGAGAGCGUCUCGUACGCCCCUGCGCUCGAUCUGGACGCGCAGCUCGACAGCCUCGUGGCCGAAAUGGGCAGCGAAUGGUGGGACAUCCAUAGCUCCAUCGACAACCACACCAACUCGCCCAAAAAUUUCCUUUUCCGCAGCCGCAUCCUCGCGCAGAUUUUUUUCCACCAGCUGCGCGUUUACCUCCACCUGCCUUUCAUGCUGCGUAGCGCCACGGACCCCAAGUUCGCCUACUCCUGCACGGCCUGCUUCCGCGCUGCCCGCCAGCUGCUUGGCUUAUACCACAUCCUACGCGGCAGCGCAGCCAGCUACAGUAACAACCCCGCCGCCGAUUCAUCCACCGAGCCCGAAAAACCCCUCUACGAAUGCAAAGUCGUCGACUUUGUUGGCUUCACCGCCGCCGUCCUCCUGAUGCUCGGCCUCCUCGGCUACGGGCGCCUCGAAAACACCAGCAACAACACCACCACCAACGCCGCACAAGCUGAAGACGACGUCCGCGACUGGCGCCUCGUCGAGGCGACAAUGGCGAUAUUCGCACACGCGAGCACGGAGAAGGGCGGGACAGUCGCGGCGCAGAGCCUGCGCGUCCUGCAACAGCUGUGCAGUGUGAGAGACUCGGACUAUGACAUUGUAGGCGAAGGGCCACAGGGGUGCAUGAGCAGGACCGUGAUUCCGUACUUCGGGACCAUCACCGUGAGGCGGGGAAGACGGUUCAGGUGUUUGGCGGGUAAUCGUGGCAGCGCCAGUAGCAGUGGCAACGCUGCUGCGGAUACAGCGGCCAGUGCUGCUCCAGCGGCGGCGCCUGCGCCUCCACGGGCACCUGCUGCUACCUCGGCAGGUCUUUCAAGGCCUUCUCCUAGCGUCGGCAGUGCCAACUGUACUGCCACAAGCACUGGAAACACAUGCACGGCCGGCACGGCCGACUCCGACGCCUCCUGCGCCUGCUACAACAGCUACUACAGCCCGCCUGCCUCGAACCACGCCUCCUCUACCUCUUCCUCCUCCUCGGCCGCUGCCCCUGCCUCCGGCUCCGGCGCCACUGAUCCCUUAGUCGCUUUUGACGGGCUGUACAUGUACGGUAUGCACGGCGGAGGGUUCGAGGCGGGCGCAAACUCGAACGCUGCGAGCACGGGCUCGAGCUUCGGUGGCAGUGCCAGCGGCGUGCCCGACGAUGGGAGCUUUGGCGGUGGGACGGAUGCUGGGGAUGGGUUGGGGUUGGGGGUAGGUGUUGGGGUGGGGAUGGGCAUGGGCAUGGGAAUGGGUAUGGGAGCGCCGGGCUGGGGUGGUCUGGGAAUGGAUAUCGAUCAGGAUUGGAUGUGGGGGCUGGGGAGUGGGGGGUUGUAGGUGCGUGGAUGGGUGGUGACAGUGUUGAUGUGGUAUGAAUUGGGAUGGCAUUGGGAAACGUGGUAAUUUGAUAAUGCUUGAUAGUUAUAUCUCUGGCGUUUAGGGACUGGGAAGAGACUUGGGAGAGGUCUUGAUGAAAAGUGUAUGUACGUAAUCUAAAGUAAGAUGCCGAAAUCAGAGCACUUGAUAAGCGUUCAACAGCUUAUACUGACAAGAAAUCACACGAAC